GUUUAUUUAAAAAAAAAAUUAAAAGUAGUACGAGUAGUAGUAGUAGUUUUUUUUUACCAUGAAGUGUAUGUUCAUCGUUUGGCUAGUCGUUUGUGUAAAGAUAAAUGGCCAAGCCACGGAGUUUCCUGAAAACGUACUGGACGUCGACAGUCUUGGAGAACUAUCGGCCAGAGAGUUGAUUUGGACGGCGAUGUCGUCGCAAUGCAACGUUUACUACGCGGUCUACAACAAUUUUUUGAACUUAGGCAUUCCCGUUGGUGGUACGGCCAUACCGCCAGAGGACAUUGCGGUGUACAUAGCGACCACGUACGAUCCGGUCGGCAAGAAUUUGGUGUUGGACAUUCGACAGGAUUUUGAGACGUUGAGGGAAGCGUCCACAACUAUCGAAGACCUCGUCUACGGAUACGAAACGGGGAUUCCGAAAAUCGAUGACAACCAAGUCGUUGGAACGGGAAUUUCAAUCUGGCAAAAGGUCAACCGUGCGAUGGCAUUAUUCAACGAACGUAUGUCCGACAUUAACAACGAAAUCAAUCAACAGCUGUUGGAAAUCAACAACAACAUGGACAGGGAUUCGGAGUCGUACGUUCGGGCCAUGCGCGAUUUGUACACUGUAGCGAUGGAACAAAUUAUAGAAGCUGUGAUGGAAGAUUCCUCCUCGUACGUUGCCGCACUGGAUUUUAUCGUCCGGUACAAUGUGGAGACUGAACUACACAAUUUACAAACUCGUGCACAAAACAGAUUUCAGUAUGAUGCAAAAGAAUCCAUUCGACAGCAAUUGACGGAGUUGUAUAAAUUAUAUAUAGAGGCAUUAUCCUAUAUUUAUAACCACGAUCAAAUGAUCGAUGGAAGUAUUUGGACCAAUUCAAAAUUCAUAAUUUGGUUUGACGUAAAUACCUCAAAAACUCUAGCAGACUACUUAGCGUCAAGUAUCUUAAUGGUCGCCACUCAAACGUCGGACUAUAUUAAAAGUGCAUAUAAAUAUAAUAAGCUGCAAAUUCCAAACAUGUUGUCAACACUUAAGGAACAUGUUAAUUUAAACUUAAUUGACAUAACGGAACUUGUUAAAAUACCUUUUCAACACGCAAUACCAACUGAUCAUGAAUCAACUGUUUAUAAAUUUUAUCAACUAGAAAGUAAUAAAAUUGACACUUUGAUAAAAGACAGAAUAAAUAUAUUUAAAUUACAGUGGACUGAUUCAAAUGUUGCAAUGGUAGCAAAAGAAAUACUUGAAAUAUACAAAAAUAACCAAAUAAAUAAACUUCCAGUAAAAGACGACAAUGUUAUAGCAUGGAUGUAUAUAAUGCAUUUAGAAGAACAAAAUAAAUUUUUUGUUAAGUCGGCUUCUUACGCAAUGGUUAUCUAUAAAAAUUUACAAAAUUCUGUGGCAUAUUUAUUGCAAGAUCAAAGUAAUAGACAACAAGAAUCAAUGUAUAGUGAUUUGUUGAAACACAUUGAUCAAAGAAUGCUUAUUGUAAUGAGAUAUAUCAUGAUACCGUUCAAUGACAACAUGAUCUCAAUACCAAAAUUUAUGAAUAACAUUGUAGACAAUAGCAAUAACGUUUUUAACAUAUUAGAUGGAGCAAACAAUAAUAGAUCAACAAAAGCUAUGUCGAAUUGGCUAAAUAAAAAGAUUAAAAACACAAAUGAAGUAUACAACUUGGUACAAACGGCUUCAGUUUCAACAGAAAUGUUGUAUGAUGUUGGACUAAACAAAAUUGUUGAAGAACUAGAAAAAAAUAACUUACGUGACGACAGUAAUAACAGUAAAAUAAUUAAUAUAUUAAACGAUAUAACAAUUACAAAGUCGAUUUGCGAAAAAAGCAUGGUAAAUUUAAUACAAUACAUAACAAUAAAUAAAAAAUAUAUUGAAAAAACUUUAGAAAAAAAUUCUGAUAUAAAAAUAGAAGCAAUUCAUCAAUUAGCAAAAUCUAUCAAACACAAUCCAGAAGAUUUAACAGAUAUAUUGUACGAUUACGACGGAACGAAACCAGGGAGUAGGGAAACGCCACUAAUAAUAUCCGGAUUGAGAGGCUUGCCCGAUUUUGAUUCGCACCAAGUUUUGAAUGGAGGUUUGGAUACACCUUUUGACGGCUCCAAACAAACCGAUUCUCCUGAAGAUGGUAAUCCGAGAUAUGAUGGCCUCUUCGGUUCUCCUAACGGACAGACCUCCGAUGAAUAUCCAAUAAUAAAUUCACAAAAGACAACUGUCAAUGAAGAACUAUCGAUUAUCAUCUCUGAUGAUGGAACGAAACCGGGGAGUAGGGAAACGCCACCACAUAUAUCCGGAUUGAGAGGCUUGCCCGAUUUUGAUUCGCACCAAGUUUUGAAUGGAGGUUUGGAUACACCUUUUGACGGCUCCAAACAAACCGAUUCUCCUGAAGAUGGUAAUCCAAGAUAUGAUGGCCUCUUCGGUUCUCCUAACGGACAGACCUCCGAUGAAUAUCCAAGAAUAAAUGCACAAAAGACAACUGUCAAUGAAGAACUAUCGAUUGUCAUCUCUGAUGAUGGAACGAAACCGGGGAGUAGGGAAACGCCACCAAUAAUAUCCGGAUUGAGAGGCUUGCCCGAUUUUGAUUCGCACCAAGUUUUGAAUGGAGUUUUGGAUACACCUUUUGACGGUUCCAAACAAACCGAUUCUCCUGAAGAUGGUAAUCCGAGAUAUGAUGGCCUCUUCGGUUCUCCUAACGGACAGAGCUCCGAUGAAUAUCCAAAAAUAAAUGCACAAAAGACAACUGUCAAUGAAGAACUAUCGAUUAUCAUCUCUGAUGAUGGAACGAAACCGGGGAGUAGGGAAACACCACCAAUAAUAUCCGGAUUGAGAGGCUUGCCCGAUUUUGAUUCGCACCAAGUUUUGAAUGGAGUUUUGGAUACACCUUUUGACGGUUCCAAACAAACCGAUUCUCCUGAAGAUGGAAAUCCAAGAUAUGAUGGCCUUUUCGGUUCUCCUAACGGACAGACCUCCGAUGAAUAUCCAAUAAUAAAUGCACAAAAGACAACUGUCAAUGAAGAACUAUCGAUUAUCAUCUCUGAUGAUGGAACGAAACCGGGGAGUAGGGAAACGCCACCAAUAAUAUCCGGAUUGAGAGGCUUGCCCGAUUUUGAUUCGCACCAAGUUUUGAAUGGAGUUUUGGAUACACCUUUUGACGGUUCCAAACAAACCGAUUCUCCUGAAGAUGGUAAUCCGAGAUAUGAUGGCCUCUUCGGUUCUCCUAACGGACAGACCUCCGAUGAAUAUCCAAUAAUAAAUGCACAAAAGACAACUGUCAAUGAAGAACUAUCGAUUAUCAUCUCUGAUGAUGGAACGAAACCGGGGAGUAGGGAAACGCCACCAAUAAUAUCCGGAUUGAGAGGCUUGCCCGAUUUUGAUUCGCACCAAGUUUUGAAUGGAGUUUUGGAUACACCUUUUGACGGUUCCAAACAAACCGAUUCUCCUGAAGAUGGAAAUCCGAGAUAUGAUGGCCUCUUCGGUUCUCCUAACGGACAGACCUCCGAUGAAUAUCCAAUAAUAAAUUCACAAAAGACAACUGUCAAUGAAGAACUAUCGAUUAUCAUCUCUGAUGAUGGAACGAAACCGGGGAGUAGGGAAACACCACCAAUAAUAUCCGGAUUGAGAGGCUUGCCCGAUUUUGAUUCGCACCAAGUUUUGAAUGGAGUUUUGGAUACACCUUUUGACGGUUCCAAACAAACCGAUUCUCCUGAAGAUGGAAGUCCAAGAUAUGAUGGCCUCUUCGGUUCUCCUAACGGACAGACCUCCGAUGAAUAUCCAAUAAUAAAUUCACAAAAGACAACUGUCAAUGAAGAACUAUCGAUUGUCAUCUCUGAUGAUGGAACGAAACCGGGGAGUAGGGAAACGCCACCAAUAAUAUCCGGAUUGAGAGGCUUGCCCGAUUUUGAUUCGCACCAAAUGGAAAUCCAGAGAUAUGAUGGCCUCUUCGGUUCUCCUAACGGACAGACCUCCGAUGAAUAUCCAAUAAUAAAUUCACAAAAGACAACUGUCAAUGAAGAACUAUCGAUUGUCAUCUCUGAUGAUGGAACGAAACCGGGGAGUAGGGAAACGCCACCAAUAAUAUCCGGAUUGAGAGGCUUGCCCGAUUUUGAUUCGCACCAAGUUUUGAAUGGAGUUUUGGAUACACCUUUUGACGGUUCCAAACAAACCGAUUCUCCUGAAGAUGGAAAUCCAAGAUAUGAUGGCCUCUUCGGUUCUCCUAACGGACAGACCUCCGAUGAAUAUCCAAUAAUAAAUUCACAAAAGACAACUGUCAAUGAAGAACUAUCGAUUGUCAUCUCUGAUGAUGGAACGAAACCGGGGAGUAGGGAAACGCCACCAAUAAUAUCCGGAUUGAGAGGCUUGCCCGAUUUUGAUUCGCACCAAGUUUUGAAUGGAGUUUUGGAUACACCUUUUGACGGUUCCAAACAAACCGAUUCUCCUGAAGAUGGAAAUCCAAGAUAUGAUGGCCUCUUCGGUUCUCCUAACGGACAGACCUCCGAUGAAUAUCCAAUAAUAAAUUCACAAAAGACAACUGUCAAUGAAGAACUAUCGAUUGUCAUCUCUGAUGAUGGAACGAAACCGGGGAGUAGGGAAACGCCACCGACAAUAUCUGGAUUGAAAGUUUUACCCAAUUUUGAAUCGCACCAAGUUUUGAAUGGAGUUUUGGAUACACCUUUUGACGGUUCCAAACAAACCGAUUCUCCUGAAGAUGGAAAUCCAAGAUAUGAUGGCCUCUUCGGUUCUCCUAACGGACAGACCUCCGAUGAAUAUCCAAUAAUAAAUUCACAAAAGACAACUGUCAAUGAAGAACUAUCGAUUGUCAUCUCUGAUGAUGGAACGAAACCGGGGAGUAGGGAAACGCCACCAAUAAUAUCCGGAUUGAGAGGCUUGCCCGAUUUUGAUUCGCACCAAGUUUUGAAUGGAGUUUUGGAUACACCUUUUGACGGUUCCAAACAAACCGAUUCUCCUGAAGAUGGAAAUCCAAGAUAUGAUGGCCUCUUCGGUUCUCCUAACGGACAGACCUCCGAUGAAUAUCCAAUAAUAAAUUCACAAAAGACAACUGUCAAUGAAGAACUAUCGAUUGUCAUCUCUGAUGAUGGAACGAAACCGGGGAGUAGGGAAACGCCACCAAUAAUAUCCGGAUUGAGAGGCUUGCCCGAUUUUGAUUCGCACCAAGUUUUGAAUGGAGUUUUGGAUACACCUUUUGACGGUUCCAAACAAACCGAUUCUCCUGAAGAUGGAAAUCCAAGAUAUGAUGGCCUUUUUGGUUCUCCUAACGGACAGACCUCCGAUGAAUAUCCAAGAAUAAAUGCACAAAAGACAACUGUCAAUGAAGAACUAUCGAUUGUCAUCUCUGAUGAUGGAACGAAACCGGGGAGUAGGGAAACGCCACCGACAAUAUCUGGAUUGAGAGGCUUGCCCGAUUUUGAUUCGCACCAAGUUUUGAAUGGAGUUUUGGAUACACCUUUUGACGGUUCCAAACAAACCGAUUCUCCUGAAGAUGGAAAUCCAAGAUAUGAUGGCCUCUUCGGUUCUCCUAACGGACAGACCUCCGAUGAAUAUCCAAUAAUAAAUUCACAAAAGACAACUGUCAAUGAAGAACUAUCGAUUGUCAUCUCUGAUGAUGGAACGAAACCGGGGAGUAGGGAAACGCCACCGACAAUAUCCGGAUUGAGAGGCUUGCCCGAUUUUGAUUCGCACCAAGUUUUGAAUGGAGUUUUGGAUACACCUUUUGACGGUUCCAAACAAACCGAUUCUCCUGAAGAUGGAAGUCCAAGAUAUGAUGGCCUUUUUGAUUCUCCUAACGGACAGACCUCCGAUGAAUAUCCAAAAAUAAAUGCACAAAAGACAACUGUCAAUGAAGAACUAUCGAUUAUCAUCUCUGAUGAUGGAACGAAACCGGGGAGUAGGGAAACGCCACCAAUAAUAUCCGGAUUGAGAGGCUUGCCCGAUUUUGAUUCGCACCAAGUUUUGAAUGGAGUUUUGGAUACACCUUUUGACGGUUCCAAACAAACCGAUUCUCCUGAAGAUGGAAAUCCAAGAUAUGAUGGCCUUUUUGGUUCUCCUAACGGACAGAGCUCCGAUGAAUAUCCAAAAAUAAAUGCACAAAAGACAACUGUCAAUGAAGAACUAUCGAUUAUCAUCUCUGAUGAUGGAACGAAACCGGGGAGUAGGGAAACGCCACCAAUAAUAUCCGGAUUGAGAGGCUUGCCCGAUUUUGAUUCGCACCAAGUUUUGAAUGGAGUUUUGGAUACACCUUUUGACGGUUCCAAACAAACCGAUUCUCCUGAAGAUGGAAAUCCAAGAUAUGAUGGCCUCUUCGGUUCUCCUAACGGACAGACCUCCGAUGAAUAUCCAAUAAUAAAUUCACAAAAGACAACUGUCAAUGAAGAACUAUCGAUUGUCAUCUCUGAUGAUGGAACGAAACCGGGGAGUAGGGAAACGCCACCAAUAAUAUCCGGAUUGAGAGGCUUGCCCGAUUUUGAUUCGCACCAAGUUUUGAAUGGAGUUUUGGAUACACCUUUUGACGGUUCCAAACAAACCGAUUCUCCUGAAGAUGGAAAUCCAAGAUAUGAUGGCCUCUUCGGUUCUCCUAACGGACAGACCUCCGAUGAAUAUCCAAUAAUAAAUUCACAAAAGACAACUGUCAAUGAAGAACUAUCGAUUGUCAUCUCUGAUGAUGGAACGAAACCGGGGAGUAGGGAAACGCCACCAAUAAUAUCCGGAUUGAGAGGCUUGCCCGAUUUUGAUUCGCACCAAGUUUUGAAUGGAGUUUUGGAUACACCUUUUGACGGUUCCAAACAAACCGAUUCUCCUGAAGAUGGAAAUCCAAGAUAUGAUGGCCUCUUCGGUUCUCCUAACGGACAGACCUCCGAUGAAUAUCCAAUAAUAAAUUCACAAAAGACAACUGUCAAUGAAGAACUAUCGAUUGUCAUCUCUGAUGAUGGAACGAAACCGGGGAGUAGGGAAACGCCACCAAUAAUAUCCGGAUUGAGAGGCUUGCCCGAUUUUGAUUCGCACCAAGUUUUGAAUGGAGUUUUGGAUACACCUUUUGACGGUUCCAAACAAACCGAUUCUCCUGAAGAUGGAAAUCCAAGAUAUGAUGGCCUUUUCGGUUCUCCUAACGGACAAACCUCCGAUGAAUAUCCAAUAAUAAAUUCACAAAAGACAACUGUCAAUGAAGAACUAUCGAUUGUCAUCUCUGAUGAUGGAACGAAACCGGGGAGUAGGGAAACGCCACCAAUAAUAUCCGGAUUGAGAGGCUUGCCCGAUUUUGAUUCGCACCAAGUUUUGAAUGGAGUUUUGGAUACACCUUUUGACGGUUCCAAACAAACCGAUUCUCCUGAAGAUGGAAAUCCAAGAUAUGAUGGCCUUUUUGGUUCUCCUAACGGACAGACCUCCGAUGAAUAUCCAAUAAUAAAUUCACAAAAGACAACUGUCAAUGAAGAACUAUCGAUUGUCAUCUCUGAUGAUGGAACGAAACCAGGGAGUAGGGAAACGCUACCAAUAAUAUCCGGAUUGAGAGGCUUGCCCGAUUUUGAUUCGCACCAAGUUUUGAAUGGAGUUUUGGAUACACCUUUUGACGGUUCCAAACAAACCGAUUCUCCUGAAGAUGGAAAUCCAAGAUAUAAUGGCCUUUUUGAUUCUCCUAACGGACAAACCUCCGAUGAAUAUCCAAUAAUAAAUUCACAAAAGACAACUGUCAAUGAAGAACUAUCGAUUGUCAUCUCUGAUGAUGGAACGAAACCGGGGAGUAGGGAAACGCCACCAAUAAUAUCCGGAUUGAGAGGCUUGCCCGAUUUUGAUUCGCACCAAGUUUUGAAUGGAGUUUUGGAUACACCUUUUGACGGCUCCAAACAAACCGAUUCUCCUGAAGAUGGUAAUCCGAGAUAUGAUGGCCUCUUCGGUUCUCCUAACGGACAGACCUCCGAUGAAUAUCGAAGAAUAAAUUCACAAAAGACCACUGUCAAUGAAGAACUAUCGAUUGUCAUCUCUGAUGAUGGAACGAAACCGGGGAGUAGGGAAACGCCACCUACAAUACCUGGAAUGAGAGCAUUGCUAAACAGUCAGGGUGACUUUGUGAGCUGUGAAGAUUUUACGGCAGUGUCAGAUUCUGGCUGCACGGAUUUUACAUAUGUUUUGAAUUCGGAUGAAUAUACAGUUUUACAAUCGGAAACCACUGUUCAACAAGUAGUUUCAACUAUCAUUCAGGAUUGA